UGUUUAAUCGAUUCUCCUAUUAACGUUGGGAUGUAAGGAUUCGAAUCGGGAGAGAAUCGUAUUUAAGGGAGAAUCGCAAAACCCCUGGGCGCUGACGUCACCCGGAAACGGCGGGAACAACAACAGCGAGCUUACGUGGGCACUCGGUGCCACAACUGCCAUGAAUCCUGUGGUGCUGAGCUACAACAAUUGCCUGCUUCGUCGUGCCGAUGUGGCACUGCUGGAACCACCGAACUGGUUUAACGAUCAGGUGAUGGCGUUCGCCUUUGAGUAUAUGGAGCUGGAGGAGUUUUUGGGGAUGCCCAACGCCGAGAAGUUGUGCUUCAUCGGGCCCGAGGUGUCGCAUUUCAUAAAGUUUUCACCAGACGAAGAAAUUGGAGUCGUCCUUGGGCCGCUGGACCUGCCGCAGAAAGACUUCGUGUUCCUGGCCAUCAACGAUCAUGCGUCGCCCAAUACUAGCGGGGGCACACACUGGAGCCUCUUGCUUUACGACAGGUCGACGGAUACAUUCCUGCACUAUGACUCGAGCCAAGGAAGUUGCAACAGCACGCAGGCACUUCACACUGCACGGAGGCUGAAGUUAUUCCUGGGCAGGGAUGAGUCUUUAAACCCGAUCUUCAGCGAAAAACUUGAGACUCCACAGCAGGAGAAUGCAUAUGACUGUGGAAUGUAUGUGCUGUGCCAUGCAAGAAUUCUGGCAAAAGAGUUCAUGUUGGGGAGAAUGGGCCCUGCCUUGAAUGAGAUAAUUACUCCGACUUAUGUGACUCAGCAGAGGAGAGAGUGGCGGCAACUCAUUGACAAGCUGGCCAAGCAAAGCCACAUAGCAAGCGGCUGAGCAGACACUUGUAUAAAACAAAACGGCCUGAAUACAACCGAUCUGUCAGGUCUCCGAAGCUGAGCGAGGUUGGGCCUGGUUAUUGCUUGAAUGGGAGGCCGCUUAGGAUUAUCGGGUGUUGUAGGCUUGAGUUGAGAUGGAGUUUGGAAAUGGGAGGUACAGGAAUGCAUUGACUAUAUGGGCUGACCUUUGAGUUACCCCUUCACAUUUGUGGGUUUUCUCCAGAUACUCUUGUUUUCUCCCACAUGGAAAACAAAUAGAUGAAAACAUCUUGAUCCUUAUUGAGUUUUUUUCCUGGGUAAAUUUCAUUGCGACAAGUCAAGUAAUUCACAAUAGAUGAUCCACAAAUACUGUACUUUGUGGCUUGGCGGUUUUGUGACUGCUGUAACCCUCGGCACACUGACAUUGAAAAUGCUUCGUGGUCUGUGAUCCACAAGUGGGCAGGGCUAACGUGGUGAUACGUCUCAAUGGAGGGAAAGUUUUUUUAAAAAAUUGCAGUUUCAAUAUUUUUGCUUUGCAUGUCAAGCAAAAAAAUAACAUUGCAGAUUUGAACCAUUUUGAAGACUUGCAAACUCGUGCGAAUUUAUUGUGGAUUAUUUUUUAGUGAGUCCUAUAAUCCACACUUUUGCGGCUGGAAUGAUUGCGUGGCUGAUUUCUUGUAUAAUCUGUUGCCGUUUGCACCCUACGCAAAUUAUUUUCGUGGCUAAGGAACUAAACUCCAGUGUGUCACGGAUUACAGCAUCUGUCAUAUGGUCCCCUUAUAUCACCAUGGAUUAUUUCAUUUAAAAAGCACUUAUGAUUAAACAUACUUUUAAAAUGGCAUAUCUAAAUUCUUCAAAGAUGUAGUCCAUAUAACCACUUUACAUGACUCCCUAGCAUUUGGGUCUGCACUUUGGCAGUUGUGUGUUUAUGAGGAUGACGCUUACAAAGAUCUGAUGCAUAUUUGUGACCUUGAAGUUCAAUAAAAGCAAGUAAUUUAU